AUGGGAGCAGGUGCUUCCUGGUCCUGCCUCUUGGGUCUCACUGUCUUACUGGUUCUGCCAGGAUCAGAAGCCGAGAAUUCUGGGGCUUUCUGUCCUCCAUGCCCUAAAUAUGCCAAGUGCCACAACAGCACCCACUGCACCUGUGAACACGGCUUUUGGGCCAGGUCUGGCAGGACAUACUUUCAUGAGUUCUCUGAGAAGUGUGAAGAUAUUAAUGAAUGUGAGACCGGGCUGGCAAAGUGCAAGUAUGAAGCUUAUUGUAAAAAUAAAAUUGGAGCCUACAUCUGUAGCUGUUUGGUAAAACAUCCUAGCUUCAACUGGCUGGCUAGUUUGAUAGAUUAUAAUCAUCCGGAUUGUUAUGAGGACGAUAGUCAAGGGACACAGGCAAAAGUGGAUAUUUGGGAAAAUCUGAGAAGAAAUGGAAGCAGAGAGGACAUUGCAAGACAGGCUACUCAACUAAUUCAGAGCGUGGAGUUGAAGAUCUGGAAUGACAGUUUUGCUUCUCCAGGAAAGGGUCGAAUUUCUGACUUAGAUGUAGUUUAUGAAACCAAGAGGUGCAAUGAAACAAGGGAGAACGCUUUUCUGGAAGCUGGAAAUAACACCAUGGAUAUCAACUGUGUGCUGUGCUCCGUCAUUGCAGGGCUGCUGCACUUCCUCUACCUGGCUUGCUUCACCUGGAUGCUCCUGGAAGGGCUGCACCUCUUCCUCACCGUCAGGAAUCUCAGGGUGGCCAACUACACCAGCAUGGGCAGAUUCAAGAAGAGGUUCAUGUACCCUGUAGGCUACGGGAUCCCAGCUGUGAUUAUUGCUGUGUCUGCAAUAGUUGGACCCCAGAAUUAUGGAACAUUUACUCA